AUGGGGGCAUAUCAACGGUUGGUAAAGGAUUUAGCCAGCAAGUUCGAAAAAAUAAAGUUCGACCGGAUACCAAGAGAAAUGAAUGUUCAGGCAGAUUGCUUGGCCCACGCCGCAUCAACAUCGGUGGAAGACAUGAGGGUCUCUUCGGUGGAACUCUUAUCGAGCCCCAAUAUACCAACUGGUUCUGGAGUUAUGCAGAUUGAUGCCGAAGAAGAAACGUGGAUGACUCCAAUCAUGAACUAUCUCACAAAGGGAACCCAACCCAAUGACCCGAUCGAGGCAUGGAAAUUACGAAUAAAGGCUGCAAGAUGCCUCGAUCCACGUGAAGUCGAAUGGGCGCUAAAAGAAUACACCAAGGGACAUGUGGGAACCACACGGGUGGGAGGAACUUAG